AUGCCGAGAACACAGCCAGACUCUCCGUCUCCGCCGCCCCCACCCGCCGAACUUGCUUUUGCUACGGGCGGCUUUGAUUUUCCGCAAGCCUCAGCCUCCCCGCCGCCCACUGUUCCACCACGGACGUCACCUCGCUCGCGAGUGAACCAGCUUGCAGAAUUCCUGAACCAACACCACCAACAAGUCGCCACGGAUGACGACGAUCAAGCGCCGCAAAGACGGCCACAAACAGCAAGAAUUGUAGGCUCUCGUCGCCGGCCAGCUGCUCGCCCCGCUCGGAUACCCCGUCACGCCGAGCGUGAGCCUGAUGGGCCCAACAUGCAGCGCAGCAGCAUUGGUCGACCAAGUGCUCCACCAAGUGAGCGCUACCUUCGUCGCGCCCACCCGCGUGUGAGAGACGUACGCUCCGUCAUCGAAGACCCCGCUACUGACGUGCUGGACUCUCUGAGCGACCUCCCGCUAAAUUCGUUCCACGCCUCCCGUCGAGAGCGCAGUCCGCCAAGCGGUCUUGACAGCCAACCCAGACGGACAAAGAGGAGGAAACUCGAUCAUCCCGCUAAGCCAGCCUCCGAAUACGAUGGAUUCAAAUAUGGCUACAAGGGACAGGUCGCUCGUGGACGACUCCGAAUGGAGGUAGUCAGCUGCGACGGUGGCGAAUACGACAGGGAUAGCUCUCUCUAUAAGGUCCAAAACGUAUUGAGCAACGAUAAGAGCGUGUACUGCAGCCAGAGCGGGAGGUGCAACCUCCUACUAAAGCACAUCGGCGAAUUGCCCUUUUGUCUGGAAAAGAUUGUAAUCCGCGCGCCAGAUCGAGGGUUCACUGCCCCGGUACAGGAAGGACUAGUGUUUGUAUCUAUGUCUCCAGAUAAACUGCUCUCUGGGACCUCGGCCUACGAAAUUGAAUACAAUCCGCACGACACCUUCAUCUCGCCGCCGUCCCCCACUCCAAGCCUGCCGAGAGGUGAGGAAGAGGAGCUAAUUUCGUUCCAUGAAGCGAUCCUGGAUGAGGCAGUUUGGGAGCGGUCUCGCCAGGCUCUAGCAGAGAGGGUCUCGAGCAUGAGACUUCGCAGUCAGCGUCCAAGAACACCAGGUCCAUCACGGGUACCACGGCACCAACGGGAUGAUCAACUCAGUGUUGAGGAUGAGGAUGAAGUUAUCAAUGAAUGUCCUUAUCACAUCGAAGAGGGUGACUCUAACGCUGCAGGCAUCUCUGCACCAACACCACCGCCUUUCACGACCACGAUGGAGAGUGAGCCUGAAGAUUCAGAAGAGAGCGAAGCAUUACCUUCCGCUGCCAUAAUGGCAGACCGACUUCGGCGUGAAAGUCGCUACCGUUCUGAAGGUGAGGACGAUGACGACCGCGAGGACUUGAUCCAACAUCCGCUCGCCACCCUGCGGCGCGCGGAACCACUAGGAUCUCCCCGUCUUCGCAGCUUCCAUGAGCAGGCUCAGAGGUGGAGGAAUCUGCAAAACAAUAACAACAUCGAUCCAAUAAGGGCCACACGUCUUCACACCCCAAGUCGUAUCGGACCCAAGCACAAUCGGCCAGAGUCAAAGGAUAUACUCCAGCCUCAUGCCCGCUUCUUCAUUGCACGCCACAAGAACAAAAUCACUAUCAAAUUUCAUCCUGCCAUCUCAGGAAAGCACGUCCUAUUAAAGUUAUGGAGUCCAACGCAGGACGGUAAUAUCGACAUCGAGAGCGUACAAUUCUACGGAUACUCGGGGCCACGGUUUUUCCCAGCGAUUCAACCACGCUAG